CCACUGCUUGUCUGUCUGCGAGUAUCACCUCAUGUAACAGUCAAACAACGCGCGUAAGAAAGCAUCUACUAGAGACAACAAAUCUGCAAUGGAGAAAUCUGUGUUCACUGUUUUAGUUAUCUGCCUCUUUGGUCUGGCUGAAGAGAUUGGAGGAACAGUUUGCACGAUCACACAAGAGCCGGACCCAAACUCACUUAAUCGAUAUCGUUGGAUGAUUCCUGUUAAGAAUCCAUGUCUUUGCACCGAGGUCUGGAUGGGAGGGGUGUUUACUCGAUCAGCCGUCAGACCGUUUAAGACAACAUAUCUUAACACCUUUCUUCACAGCGAAGACUUCGAGGAGGUCCAGAACUGGAUGAAUUGCUCUUGCUCGUUUAUUGCUCCAGCCUCCAAGCCUCACCGUUUCACGUUCAUCCUGCAACCUUUGACGAUGCCUUUUCGUUUGAAUUUCAAACUGAAAUCUGCACGUGAGCCGCUUGUAGCCCUUUCGGAAGGCAUGACAGAAAACUUUAUCUUUGCCGAGAUCAAUAUUGGUGGAUGGGGGAAUACCAAAUCAGUCAUCAGACCGUGCCAGUCAGAAACAGGUGGGGGCAGGUGUAAAGUCGUGCAGGUUCAACACGUUGAGACAGGCAUCGUCAGUGGUGAUGAAUACCGCUUCUUUUGGAUCGAGUUCAAAGAGGGUGUGGUCAGGGUUGGUAAAGGAGGACAAGAGGAGGCUUUCUUGAAGUGGGACGCUGGCUCCUCUCUCAAACGUGUACUAACCCAAGUGCAUAUUGGCAUAGCGUCAUGGCAUAUUGCUAACUCAGAAUUUGUAUUUUUUCAGUACUGUUAAAAUGAUUGUUUGCAUUAUGACAUCAUAGCAGUUCAGUCUGCCAUCGGUCACUAAUCUUGUUUAUCUUGAAGCACGAGUGGUAAAAAUCAAAGUUGAAACCUCUAUGUGGUCGACAUCGCUUUUGGGUGCAAUUGCCUCUGUCGUCAUUGCAAAAUGCAAAAUAGUUUCUGUAACGUCUCUCGCAAUUUAUGAACGAUAGCACGAGCCUCAAAGAUAUCGAUCCGCAACGGAGAAACAGACUUCACUCAUGAAUUACCGUUCCAAUCAAGGGUGCGGUGCUUGCGUCUGCAAAAUUGUCGAUCACGUGAGGGCGCUAAGACAGGAAACCGUCACAACUCUGGUAGGCCGAUGUACGGAUCCCUGAAUUCCCUCUAAAAAGUGACUUUUGUGGGUCAUCUCUGAGAGUCAAUACAUUUUCAAUGAUUUUUUUUUUUGAGGUUGGAGAAUAUGAAUUUUUAUACUGGCACUCCCGAAAUAUGACCCAUUAAAUAUGCACACCCUUUCAAAUGUAGUUUUCUCACAAAUUGUUGGUCACUGUAGUUUGUAGAUGUGACAGGGCUUUUUUAUAAUCUGAAGGAAUUUUCCACUAAAAUGUUGUUCAAGUAGGUAGAAAUUUAAAAAUAUUGUGCCAUCCUGCCCAACAACUGUGCAAUUUAAAAUAUGGGGAUGCUAUUUGAUAAUAAGUUGUGCCGAAUGAAAAAGAUGCACACGUCUUUUAAAAAAGGAACCCAUAACUAUUACAAAUUAAGCAAUUAGACUACAUCAAUGGAAAAAUACUGGUAGUUUUAACACUCUCACAAUGCACUUCUUAUUUGUAAAUCUCGUGUGCUUUGUAUGUGAAAACCAGACGACUCCGGGGCUCAUCUUACAGCGUAACUCCGCAUAUAUCUUCGCUACUGCGGUGGCUUUACUUGACGCAUGCUUUGGCUUUUGUCCGACUUUUCUAGGAGAAUUCGCACACACUGCAGUACAAUGAACGCAGUUGUUUAAACUAUAAAUGGCAUGACUAUAGUUAAAUUUGCCGGCACCACAUGAAAUCAAGCGAUUUAUUUAAAGUCCGAAGAAGUUGGAAGUUCCAAAAAUUAGCGGAAAAGGCUAUUUCUCAGGAAAAGAAUUUUAUUUGUACCGCAGCUAAAACUAACUACAUGACAACCAAUAAAGACUUUUUUCAUGGAAUCGGCCAUAUUGAACUUGAAAGCAAGAUUACUUCUUUUGAAUGUUGAUAGUAGAAAUCACCAUGGGGAAACAAUUGGAAGGUCAUAGGCUCAAUCGACAAUAACGUUCUAAUAAACUCUGUUGUGUUGUAUACAUGAACUUUAUUAGCUUUAUCAUUCUAAAAGGCGAACUGCUCCAAAAUACACUGUGAAUUCAAAUGUUGUAAACUUUAAACCCAAUUUGAGAAAAAGAUAUCGAUACUGUCUGUGGUAUGUUUCAUUACGACCUUCUUGAUACCUUUGCCGAUAUGAAAAGACUGAAGCCUAUGGUACGCCUCUACUGCUUUAAAUAAUAUUUUGGCAUAUUUAUGAAUACAUGAGAAAUAUAGAUAUGACACUGUUUGGCACCUAUAAUAGAGGGAUAAAUUAAAAAAUAUCUUAAUUAGGAAGUCAUAAUAACUUUAGACCUAUACACAAAGAACUUGCUUCAAUUCUAUAGUAAAUGGAACUGAAUCUCUGUGCAUUUGCUUUUAUUUUCUUCUUACAGUCUCGCUUGACUGUCGUUUAGUGCGUGUUUAUGUAAAAAAAUAAAUUGAUUGAUCGUUGAGACGGAAACCAUUCCCGUGACAGAUUUGUUACUUUUCCUGUUACAUUGAUGUUCGAGUAUUAUGAAAAGAGGAUAUCCACCAAGGCUUUGCAAUUAAUGUAGACUAGAAAACCUGCUCGAAAACUAACCUGAUU